CAGUAGUUUGCGAAACAUAGCUCGAGUUCUAAAUCAGUUUUAAAAUUUUCAAAGUUCGAGCCAUACAUCGGAGUGCGGAUUAUAAGGCAUAAUUGCUGCACGAUUGUUGCAAUCGUUUGAAAACUGUUAUUUGCCUAAAGAACUGAAUAAAUGUGUGAUAUAAUUACAACGUCGUCGUAUGGGCGCUAUAUGAACGAGUAUAUAGUGUGAGCGUCAUAGUCGUCUGUGCGUCAUCGUUUUGCCUUGUAGAAUUGUAGGAAGAAUUGAAGGAAGAGCGCGAAUGAGUUUAUUGUCUAAAUGAAAGAUUAUUGCAAUUGCGGGUGUCAGACUUCUUCCUUCUCAGCGCUCAGUAGAAAUCUCUUGGGUUGACAUACUUGUAUACGAGUAGUAUGUCGUAAUGCUACGAACAUUUGAAUACACGACUACGACUAUUUCCCCACAACUACUUAACUAAACUAAAAUAAAGCUCCAUGUGCUGCUGCUGUUGCUGUUGCUGCUUUUUUGAGAAAAUCACGGUCCAAAACUAAAUUGCUCGACAACAAUUGACAAUUUAGCGAAAUUGAAUUGAAUCAUCGCGGCGACACAGAACCAUUUGAUGGGAUCCCAUCCACCAGCCACCACACACUCACCACUACUACUAUUUUAUGCAGCUUUGGGAUAAACCAUCAGAUUUACGACUCAUUUAGUCGGCGCACAAACGGCGUGAGGCGCGUUUCAAACACGUACACUUAUUCCUCGGUAGUGGGUCCGGAUCGGAAAACUACAACAACAAGAUGAACGACAUUGAGCAUAUACUGGCGGAUCUGCAGCGAUUCUCAUGGAUCGAUUAUAUAGUUUUUGUGGCCAUGUUCUUGCUCUGCAUCUGCAUUGGCAUCUAUUUUGGCUUCAUGAACAAAUCGGUAUCGGAGGCCGAUUAUAUGCUGGGUGGUCGCAAAAUGCUCGUAAUCCCCAUCGCCUUCUCCCUGGUGGCCAGCUUUAUAUCGGGCAUUACCCUUCUAGGUCUGCCCACCGAGGUCUACUCCUACGGCAUUCAGUAUUUGUAUGUCUCGUUGGGCGUUGUCUCCAUGGGCGUCGUUAUGGGCGUAUUCUAUUUACCGGUCUUCCAUGAUCUGAACAUCACUUCAACGUACGAGUACCUGGAAGUUCGUUUUGAUCGUCGACUACGAAUGUUUGGCUCCAUUAUGUUUGCCAUUAUGAAUAUAGCUUAUCUGCCUAUUGUUAUCUAUGUACCAGCCUUGGCCUUCAAUCAGGUAACUGGCGUUGGUGUGCACACCAUAACGCCGAUUGUGUGUGUCAUUUGUGUGUUCUACACCAGUCUGGGGGGCCUCAAGGCAGUGGUGUGGACGGAUGUGGUGCAGGCAGUCUCGAUGCUGGGCGCCUUGGCUUUGGUUGCGAUCAAAGGGAGUCUUGACAUAGGUGGCGCCAGUGUGGUCCUGGAGCGAGCCUAUAACUCCGAUCGCCUUGAGCCCCCAGACUUUGACAUUGAUCCCACGGUGCGCCACACACUCUGGUGUCUGUUCAUUGGCGGCAUCUUUUAUUGGACGCAAACGAAUGCCGUUUCGCAGAACAUGAUCCAAAGAUAUUUGUCGCUGCCCACACUGGCAGAUGCACGUAAGGCUCUCUGCAUUUUCUGCGGUGGGGUCUUGGUCCUCAUGGCCUUGUGCGGCUACAACGGACUACUGAUCUAUGCGACCUAUCAGAACUGUGAUCCGCUGACUACCAAGUUGGCCAAGGCACGGGAUCAGCUACUGCCGCUCUUUGUGAUGGACACGUUGGGAGAGCUGCCUGGAAUGACGGGUCUGUUCAUUUCUGGCGUUUUCAGCGCAGCUCUCAGCUCACUCUCCACCUGCCUCAACUCCAUGUCUGCUGUGGUGCUGGAGGACUUUGUCAAGCCCUUUGUAAAGAAGCCCCUAACAGCGCGUGCCAUUAAUUGGAUCAUGCGUCUGGUGGUAGUUGGCGUGGGCGUCCUUUGUGUGGCCCUCGUCUAUGUGGUCGAGCAUAUGGGCACUGUGCUGCAGUUAACCAUGAGUCUGGAGGCCAUUACCAAUGGGCCACUCUUUGGCAUCUUCACGCUGGGCCUACUCAUGCCCUGGAUCAAUGGCAACAGUGCCAUUCUAGGCGGCAUUGUGGGUGUAUUUGCGAUGUCCUGGGUUAGUCUGAAUGCACAGUGGGCCAUUGCCUCGGGCGCCAUUCACUACGAGACCAAGCCUCUGAACGUGGAUCAAUGCGAUUACACCUUCGAUGCCCAAGCUUUGGUCACCAGUGCCGUAAAUGCGACGCAUGCGCCAGCGCCUGACGACAUCUUUCCCCUGUACCGCAUCUCCUAUAUGUGGUACACCGCCCUAGGCUCUUGCAUCACCAUUGCGGUGGCGCUCAUCAGCACGCUCGUCUUCGGCACCAAUAAUCCCAAUAAGAUAGACCCCGUCCUAUUGACACCCUGCAUACGCAAAUUCUUUCGAUUCACCGUCGACAGACCCAACAAACUUACGGGCAAGGCGGACAUUCCACUGCAUCAGCAUAGACUACGCAAUGAUGAGGUAGCUCUUUGAUUCCACAAUCAAUCAAUAUCAAUAUCUGAGACCAAUUUACUGAAAAUAAAAACUGUUUGCGGAAUUUAAAUCAA